AGCGUGGACUUGACCAAGAUGAGCGAGAAUGGUUCGAGGCCAGGCACAAGGAGAUGUUCGACGUCGACGGCCUGAACUAGGUCGUCCGAUCGACCGUGGUCGUUCUUUUUUGGAGGCCGGCAUGGGUGCCGCCCGCUGGGCCGCUAGUUGUGUGCCGGCGAGACACACAUUCGUUUUUUGAGGCUGGCUGUGUUGCCAGCCGCUGGCUCUGUUGCCGGCGAGGACGUGUAGGCCGCUGGCUCUAUUGCCGGCGAGGACGUGUAGGCCGCUGGCUCUAUUGCCGGCGUGAACUAGGGCCGCUGGCCUGAACUAGGGCUUGGUAUUUUGAACGUUGUUAUUUUUAAAAUGAAGGCGGAUAAAAUGGGGCCAAAGGAUGCGGCCGCGCGCUGGGGGCACGGCCACCGCAUCCCAGAACAGGCUCGGACACGGCUCCAUUGCCCUACCCAAACGGACAGAUUUUGGGCAGAGCGGACGUCCGUUUGGAGUCGCGCGGUGGAGUUGGCCUAAACCCUAGCCGCUGCCGCCCCCAACAAUCACCUCUUCCUCUACCCUUCUCGCUGCCUUAGGAUGACGCUGGCAGAGGUAGGGUGGGUGCUUACCGUGUUUGUAAUCACUUGAUGCUGCAUUAUGAGUUAAUAAAAAGCAAAAUGUACUUUUUUAUGGGAAUCACUUUUGCUUUGUUUUGCUGGAUUUUAUUAUUAGGUGGGUAAAAUAUUAGGUCACAUAUAUACUGAAAGUUUAGGCCAAAUCCAUUUUGGAUCACUUUAAAAAGAACAAAGAAAUAAACAUGGCCCCGUGAGUUUAGUAGAGAAACUGUACUGCAUUCAGUAGGACGGCACUCAUCACUGGAGCACCAAAGAUUUGGAGCCUGCUUUUGCGUUUCAGCUGGAGACGCACCAACCAACACCCAAGGAGGGCAAGCAGUUCUUGCCGCACCACCACCAGCUACCGCACGGCAAAAGCCUCCACUCCACUCUCCCUACCGUCCCUAACCCCACACCAUCAUCACACCAGCACGAGUAGAGAUGUAAAAGCUCGGCCGAAAUGCGCCUCAAAAGCAUCUCUUUCCCCCCUCUCAUCUCCUCCCGGCAUACUAAUAUAUUUUGCAGGCCACCAAUCAAAUUCAUCAAAAGGGGAGCCUACCGUUGCUAACAUCAAAAUACCCCUGCAUUGUAAUGUGCAGAGAGGACUAGAAGGCGUCCGCCCGGCUCUGCUGACCAACCUCCACUUCAGAAUUUCCUCUUCCAGAUCACGGGAUUUUCUCCCUCCUCUUCUUCCGUCAUUCUUCGUUGCUGGCAUAGAAUCUUGUCCCCAUUCUCGCCGGUUUAUUUCUUCGUAGGAGGGAUUGAAUUGGCUAGCCUAGCACAAAUGCUGGUGUCCGGGAGAAGACGACUGCUCGUCCUGUGCACAAGCUUUGUGAUUCUUUCGCUUCUCACGCUGCCGUCCGAUGGCUCGUCGAAUUCCACGGAGGAUCUCGAUCAAAGCCGCAACAAGACCGGGCAUCCUCUCGAGUUGACGCCUAGAACAGCAUUUCAGCUCAAGCUACACGCAUUGUUCCACUGGUCUUCUUUCGGACUCUUGAUGCCUGUGGGGAUAUUGCUGGUCAGGAUGUCGAGCAAAUCAAAAAGCGGCAGAUGCAGCAGAGUGCUCUUCUAUUGCCAUGUCAUUUCUCAGAUCGCGGCUGUACUUCUCGCUACUGGCGGCGCGGCUCUGUCCUUGAUGAACUUUGAGAACUCCUUCAGUAACAGUCACCAGAGAGUAGGAUUGGCAUUGUAUGGAUUCAUGUGGCUUCAGCCAAUCAUCGGUUUCUUCAGACCAGAAAGAGGUGUCAAGGGAAGGAGCCUGUGGUUCUUCUUCCACUGGCUCCUCGGCAUCGCAGUUUGCGCCACUGGCAUCGCAAAUGUCUACUCUGGCCUCCGCACGUACCACAAGAGAACCGCUAAGAGCGUGAGCCUUUGGACCGGCCUCCUUACAGUUGAGAUCUCCUUCCUAGCUUUUUUCUACCUCUUGAUAGAUAGGUGGAGCUACAUGAUCAAGCAAGGACAUCUCCCGGUCGAGCAACUAAGACCAAACGAUAAUCACAGGACCUAUCCUACAACUCUUCGGAAAGAGCUGGGCAUGGUGCAAGAGUGAAGUCUUCAAAUAAGAGAAGACAGAAGUCAGUGUGAAGAUUGAUGGAUGUUGUGAGGUUGGUCAAGGGGAGAUGGUAAAUGCUACUAAAUCCUCUGGUAACUUGCUUGGUUUGAGAAGUGUGCGUUUGAACAAGAUUGUACAGCUUUUAUACUUGUGUUGAGAUUGUAGAGGAUUGGAACCUCUGGUGUUGUAGCUUGAGAAGUGAUUUUAGAUCUUGUUUCAAGACACCAUUUGAACAGCUUGUGGGAAGCAGUCAGAUGCAUCAUUAUAUUUCUGAUCAUCAGGGAAGAAGAAAUUAUCAGAAGUUUCAGAACUGUGGUUGAAAUGCACCUGUAGUCUUCAUGUUCUUUGUGCAACAAUUUCUUCAGGUUGUCAAUAUCAAAGCGUGCGCAACAUUUCACGGUGCUAA